AUGAAAGAAUUCCUCAUCUGUUUGGCUCUCCUCUUCGCCGUUGCCCAGGCCAACCCCGGUUUGGUGGCUCCUUUGACAUAUUCCGCCGCUGCCGUGCCCGCUUAUGCCUCCUACGCCGCCGCACCCUACGCCGCGUACUCGACCUAUGCCGCACCAGCUGUUGCUACCUACUCCCACGCUGCUUACUCUGCUCCAGCUGUGGCCACUUACUCACAUGUUGCUGCCCCAGCUGUCUACAGCGCUCCUGUUGCCCGUUUUGCGGCUGUUGCUCCAGUAGCACCAGUCGCCUACUCUGCCCCUGUUGUAUCCACUCUGUUGAAGAACCGACAUCAGUUAACUCGCAGCAGUCAAUUAACAACAAACUAUCCCAAAAUGAAAUUCCUCAUCUGUUUGGCUCUCCUCUUCGCCGUUGCCCAGGCCAACCCCGGUUUGGUAGCUCCUUUGACAUACUCCGCCGCUGCCGUGCCCGCUUAUGCCACCUACGCUGCCUCUCCCUACGCCGCGUACUCGACCUAUGCCGCACCAGCUGUUGCUACCUACUCCCACGCUGCUUACUCUGCUCCAGCUGUGGCCACUUACUCACACGUUGCUGCUCCAGCUGUCUACAGCGCUCCUGUUGCCCGUGUUGCUGCUGUUGCUCCAGUAGCUCCAGUUGCCUAUACCGCUCCCAUUGUGUCUACUUUGUUGAAAAAGAAGUAA